UUGGGAUCCAGCGGCAGCUAAGCCAAAAUCUUCCUCUCCCCUUGCCCUUACACCGCCCAUUCCGGAAAGCUGGUCGACCCUGGACCCCAGCAGUCCGGUCACAACGCCCCUCUCUCACGCAUCGCGCCUUUCCCUUGCAGAUGCUGCCAGCUCCUUGCCGGUCCCGCUUAGCUCAUAUCCCAGCAGACUGAAACCAACCCGCAUUCACCCUUCACUCAUUGGACACAAUGGCGGCGCCCCCGCGGCACGAUGCAGCAUCAGAUGCCGCUUUCCUCGUCUCGGGCAUGGACCGGGACUGUGGAUACCUGCAGCAAGUCGACGUCGAUGAGAUAGACCUCCUCCUUCCGCAGGCUGCCGGGGUGGAGGAGACCCAGGACCAGGAUUCGUGGAGAGACGGGGCGUAUACUUCGAUGUUGUUGAUGGAAUUAGACUUCAUCAGUCCGCCAAAGACGGACACGGGCCAAGACAACUCCUCUGACGACAUUGACAAACGUUCUGUUGAGGUGUCAUUCGAUGAAGAGGACCUCGCCAGAGGUGGUGUUGAGUUGAGGGCCCAGCAUGGUUCUGGCUAAGUCACCCUGGCGUUGGGCAACACACAAGGCUACAAAGAAAUACAAGGUUAG